AUGGUUUUUUGUGACCACUGCCAACAGUGGUACAAUUUCGGCUGUGUUGGCGUCACAGCAGAAGUAAAGGACAUUUCUUGGUGCUGUCAAAAGUGCAGUGGAGGUGGUAGUGAUUACUCUGGUUCGUCCGAGCUGCAAGAGGAGUUGAAGAAGCUCGAAAAGGAGAAGAAGAAGCAGAAGCGGGAACUGGAAAGAGAGAAGAUUUUGCAUCGGAAGCGCCUGGAGGUCCAACAAGAAUUGUUUGAGAUGCGCCAGCAGCUGGAAAAGGAAAAGCGGGAUAUGGAACUGGAGUUCGAGAAGGCACAAAUGGAGAAGAAGAUUGCCGAAGAAGAAGCCCACCAGAGGAAACUGGACGAAAUGCGGACGGAGAUGGAAGAGAAGCUGCAGCAGUUGAAGCUAAAGCGGAGAACGGAAAUGGACACUGGAAAAAGGAGUCAAAGGGAGCUGAAGAUUGCGGAAUUGGAGCAUUCGAAGCUGGGGAAAAACCUCGAGAAGAAAAAAUCGGGGAACAAAAUGCCCGGAAAAGCGGAUGCAGCGAUUGCGAAAUUCAACGAUCCGAGAGGAGCCUACCGCAAACACUCGACGCCGACAGUUGCUCAGAAACUCGCACCAAAGUCGAUCGGAGAUCCAUCAACUCUGCCGGAGAGUUUUCUAAUCGGGCACGAUGGAAAUUCGACGCCUGUCGGACGUUCAGGGGUUCCCAAACCGGAAAAGGGGAAGCGUAGCAAGAAGUGGCAGAUAGCGGAAGAAGAGUCGGAAUCUGAAAUGAGUUCCGAAGAAGUAGAAGAAGAACAGUCCGUUGAAGAGGAGGUAAGCCAAGAAGAAGAAGGAAGUUCCAUCGAGGACGAAGAGAGCUCUUCGGAAGAGGAAGAAGGCUGUAAGGAAGAAGAAAGUCCGGAGAAUUCUGAAGAAGAGAGAGACAGGGAGAAGUCACGUAGGAAGCAAGGAGAAGUCAGGCGUGGUCGACAAAAUCGGCAGCAUAAACCAACGAAGGCGCAGAUGUCCGCUAGGCAGUUCCUAUCCAGGAAGUUGCCGACAUUUUCCGGCAAGUUAGAAGAGUGGUCGAUGUUCGUCAGUAGCUACGAGACGUCGACGAAGGCGUGCGGCUUUUCCGACGUAGAAAAUUUGGCCCGGCCACAGGAAUGCCUGAAAGAAGAGGCGCUGGAAGCGGUCAGGAGUAGGUUCGUUCUGCCGAAAUUAGUCCCAGAAAUAAUAGAGACGCUGCAGAUGCUGUAUGGGCGACCUGAGCGACUGUUGAACAUGCUGCUUGCGAAAGUGCGCAAUGCAGCGCCUCCAAAAGCAGAUCAAUUGGCGAGUUUCAUCGGCUUCGGCGUGGUGGUGCAGCAGCUAUCUGACCAUCUAGAAGCUACAGGGUUAACUUCGCAUCUGGUGAACCCCAUGCUUAUUCAAGAGCUGAUAGAGAAGCUACCAGCAGGGACGCAGCUGGAAUGGGUACGAUACCGAAGGAAGAGCAAGGUGGUGACGCUGCGGACGUUGUCAAAUUUCCUGUCACGUAUAGUGAAGGAUGCAAGUGAAGUGGCUGCCUACGGAGAAGCAUCCCGGUCCGGAGAGGUCGGUUCAAAGAAGGUGAACCCGAGAAGCAGAGCAAGCGAAGGGUACAUUCACACCCAUGACGCGGCGGAGAGUAUAAGUUGGAGUCCGCCUGCGAAGGAGAGAAGGCCGUGUAGGAUCUGUGGAAGAGUAGAUCACCGAAUCCGUAACUGCGAGAGGUUCCGUAGACUCCACUACAGUGAGCGAUGGGAAGCGGUUCGCAGAUGGAAGCUAUGCCAGCUGUGUCUGAACGAGCACGGUACUGUCAGCUGCAAGUUGAAUUUUCGUUGCAACAUCGGCGGGUGCAAGGAGCGCCACAAUCCACUUCUGCAUCCACCGAGAUCAGUGGCUGGCUCGAACUGCAAUAUCCACGCUAUUCAACCAAAGCCAUCCGUUAUUUUCCGUAUGAUGCCUGUCACCCUGCACAGCGGAAUCUACUCGGUGAAUACCUUUGCCUUCCUGGACGAAGGUUCUUCCUAUACGCUGGUGGAGAACACGCUGAUCGACCGACUGAGAAUUCGUGGUGUAACGCAGCCACUACGAGUGACGUGGACCGCUGGAGUCUCACGAGUCGAGAAGGACUCGCAGUGUGUAAACAUGCUCAUUUCCGCUCGAGGAUCAGCGCAACGUUUCUUCAUCAAGAGUGCCCACACGGUGGAGAGUCUCAAGCUUCCGCAGCAUUCACUAGCUGUGUCGGAAGUGGUGAAGCAAUACAGCCACCUUCGAGAUCUGCCGAUCGCAGAUGUUCCCCAAACAACGCCACAGAUUCUGAUCGGGCUGAAGGAUAUCCAUCUUUACGCUCCGAUUGAAUCUAGGAUAGGCCGGCCGGAAGAGCCGAUAGCAGUCAGGUCGAAAUUGGGGUGGACUGUCUACGGACCGACCGGCGCGAAUGCCGCGGAAGGUGGAAUCGUCGGACAUCACGCUUGUAGCUCGGUAACUAACCAGGAGCUGCACGACCUGCUGAAGAGUCAGUACACUCUGGAAGAAUCCGGUAUUUCUGUGGCCUUGCUUCCCGAGUCAGAAGAAGACAGAAGAGCAAAAGAGAUUCUGAGGAAGACGACAAAAAGAAUAGGAGAUCGCUUCGAAACGGGACUGCUGUGGAAAAACGACUGCUCCGAGUUCCCAGAUAGCUACCUCAUGGCCGUUAAGCGGCUGAUUGGCCUGGAGAAUCGUCUCAGUAAAGAUCCCGAACUGUACGCCAAGGUGAGGACCAUGAUCGCCGACUAUCUAGUCAAGGGGUACGCACACAAGGCAACGUCGUCCGAGCUAGAAGCGCUAGGUUGCAGCAAAGUGUGGUACGUGCCACUGAAUAUCGUCUACAAUCCGAGAAAGCAGAAGUUUCGUCUAGUGUGGGACGCAAGAGCAGAAGUGAGAGGAGUAUCUUUGAACUCGAAGCUGCUGAAGGGGCCGGAUAUGCUGACCGCCUUGCCGGCGGUAAUUUGCAAGUUUCGUGAACGAGAAGUCGGAUUCGGGGCGGACAUAAAGGAGAUGUACCACCAGCUACGGAUCCGAGAAGAAGACAAACGAGCGCAGAGAUUUUUGUUCCGGAAUGAUCCAUCAGCGAAACCGGAAGUGUACGUGAUGGACGUAGCGACGUUUGGGUCUACGAGUUCACCGUGUUCAGCCCAAUACGUGAAGAACUGUAAUGCAAGAGAAUUUGCAGGGCAAUUCCCGGCGGCGGCGAAAGCCAUCGUCGAAAAUCACUACGUCGACGACUAUUUCGACAGUUCAGAUACAAUCGAAGAAGCAGUGGCACUUGCGAAGGAUGUGAGAUACGUCCAUUCCAAGGGCGGUUUUGAGUUGCGAAACUGGGUUUCCAAUUCCAGAGAGUUUCUGGAGGCCAUGGGAGAACGUAAGGAAAAUCAGUGCGUGCGUUUCGGUGAGGAUAAGGAGUCCGGCUCCGAGCGGGUGUUGGGGAUCGUGUGGAGCCCAGCAAACGACGAAUUUUCCUUUUCGACCAAGCUCAGGGAAGACCUGGUGCCUUUCCUGUCCGGCGAGCAGCUGCCGACAAAAAGGAUCGUGAUGAGCUGCGUGAUGAGCUUCUUCGACCCGUUGGGAUUACUCUCCGUGUUUACGUUCUACGGGAAGCUGCUGAUUCAGGAUUCAGGAAGUGGUACCAGUGGAUCAGGAGGCUUCCGGAAGUCGAGGAAUCUUCAGCUACACACAUUUGUGGACGCAAGCCAGGACGCGUACGGAGCAGCAACGUACAUCCGAAUUGAAACAGACGAGGGACCGAUAUGCUCGCUAGUAAUGUCAAGGUCGAAGGUAGCACCGUUGCAACACAUGUCCAUUCCCCGUUUGGAGUUGCAAGCAGCAACGCUAGGAGCGAGACUCGCCAAUUCCGUCGGCGAGAUUCUUACGUUAGAAGUCAAGCGUCGUUUCAUAUGGUCCGAUUCUAAGACCGUACUCUCGUGA